AUGCCACGCAGGCAGAACAUCACCGUGUUUAUGAUCAUAGCGGUCUCGGCAUUUUUAGGCUUCAUUUUCGUAUCUUCAUUUAGAAACCAAGCGCAAGGGACCCGACAUCCGGAUUACGUUCCCUCAUACCAAUACCAACAAGAUGUAAACCUGGACGAAGGGCUAUUAAAAGGUGCAGCCACAGCACCGAAGCUCGAGAAUGCCACCUUGAAAGCGGAACUCGGCAACGCAUCGUGGAAACUCCUGCACACCAUGAUGGCCAAAUUCCCCGAUAAGCCCAGCGCAGACGACAGCACAGCCCUAAAAGCCUACAUCCACCUCUUCGCGCGCCUCUACCCCUGCGGCGACUGCGCGCAGCAUUUCCAAAAGGUGCUAGAGAAGUAUCCACCGCAGGUCGCGUCGAGGAGUACGGCUGCAGCGUGGGCUUGCCAUGUACAUAAUGUGGUUAAUAAGAGGUUGAAGAAGAAGGAGUUUGAUUGUUCGAAAAUUGGAGAUUUUUAUGAUUGUGGGUGUGCGGAGGAUGAGGCGGAUGGGAAGAAAGGGAAGGGGGUACAGAAGAAGGAUGCUUUUACACCGUUGGUCUUGGAUGAGAAAGAGGGGUAG